UAGAGAUCUCUCCGCAGUGUGGAAAUAGUUGGUAGAGCACACGCAAUCCAAUCCACCUUUUUAGCUACCAGAGUUUCUUGUCCGCAUCGCUUGGACCAAUUGGAUAGGAUUUUUUAUUCAUUUUAACGGGCUCCGACAGAAGCGCAGUCAGUGAAGGACGUUUGAAAACUAACGGUCUGAAUGAUUGACUUCUGAUUAGUUCAGGAUUAAGUUCAAACCGGGAAAAGACACGGAUAGAGGUUUUGUUUUACCAACGACAUAAGAUACAUUUUAAUCAGCACAGACAGCAUGGCGAGAGAGGACGCUCGGAAUAGGCAUGACUUCACAAAAAUCAUCGGACUGUUCAGCGUGGUCACGUUGCUGACUUUUCAAGGGGCAUUGUCUCAGCAGGUGAAGGUGGAACCGGAAGUGAUGUCCUACCCCAGCCAGGCAGUCAACCUGAGGUGUGCCUUCGCAGACGCUGGAGGGAUACAGCUCACACAGGUGUCCUGGAUCUAUGAGCCGAAGGAGGGCGAGCGGCUCAACAUCGCCGUGUACCACCCUAAAUUUGGGGCAAGUUUCCCCACAUCGCCCCUGAAGGGGCGGGUCCGCUUCACAGCGGAGCCCCCCUCCCUCAGCAACCCCUCCAUCCAGAUCUCAGACGUCAAGAUGACUGACGAGGGGAAAUACAUCUGUGAAUACGCCACCUACCCCAGUGGCAACGAACAGGGUGUCACCUCCCUCGUCAUGCUGGCCAAACCCAGGAACUCUGCCUCCGGGGUAACAGUGAUAGCCUCCACUGUCGCCGCGGGAGCCAAGCCAGUUGUUGUGGCCCGCUGUGAGUCGGCAGACGGUCGCCCUGCUGCCCAGAUCGCAUGGGUGACAGCUGUCAACGGCAACGCUACCUCCGCCUCUACAGCGGGCGCUGACAACACCGUGACGGUAUCCAGCCAGUACAUGCUGGUUCCCACAGCAGCAGACAACGGCAAAGACAUCAGCUGUUUGGUCUCCCAUCGAACCCAGGCCAAGCCUGAGAGCUUCCUGAUGAAACUGGCCAUCGAAUACCCCCCACAGGUGACCAUCGUGGGCUAUGAUAAUAACUGGUACAUGGGUCGGACCAACGUGGCUCUGACCUGUCAGGCUACUGCCAACCCUAUUCCUACCACCAUCACAUGGAAAACUAUGUCCGGUCAGAUGCCAGACACCGUGCAGGUAAAAGAAAACGUGCUGACCGUGCUGAAGGUGGAUGAGCAGGCCAACACAACCUUCGUCUGCGAGGUCAAGAACCGCCUGGGCACCGGCAAGGACCAGGUCACUGUUAUGGUCAGAGAACCCUCUGUGGUCCCCUCCAAUGCAGGCGUGGUGGCAGGUGCUGUGAUUGGCUCCCUUCUGGCUCUUCUCCUCGUUGCCGCCCUUAUUGCCGUCCUGGUCACCCGGAGCCGCCGGCAACAGCAGGGUUACCGCGGCAACCCAAACCACAGCUCCUACGACGUAAAGUCGCGCGUCUUCGGUGGCGGCAAGAAGGGGAGCAAGAACGGGACGGGUGCUGGCGCCGGGGGCAACGGGGCGGGCGGCAACAACAGCCCCAUCUACGUCUACAAGGAGGGCUCCGCCCAUGAUGGCCUGACUGAAAAGGCCAAUCACCACGUGCCGCUACACCUGGGGAGGCAUGGUGAAGGGGGGGUUGCCACGGCGCAGGACAUCCUGCUGAGCGGCGAGCUGGACGAGGCAGAGCGGAGAAAGUUUGACCAACUGGAGGAUGAUGAGGAGAGUUACGACCACUUUGGAAGGAGCGGGCCCAUCCUGCAGCUCCGCCCAACACAUGACCAGGACGGAAUCAUGGGUGGUUACCUUGACGACGACAUGGAGUCUCAGCGCGACGGGUCGGUCAUCUCACGGACUGCCGUGUACGUGUAGAGAGAACGGGAAGAGGAGGAGGAGGAAGGGAAAGCAGGAUGAAGAAGGAAAGGAUGAAUGAAAAUGUCCUCCUUCCAGAGGAGUCGGUGGUGUUGGGUUCUCCUCUGUUGGAUCAUUUGAAAUAUAUUAACGACGACCAACAAUGCAGCCCAUAGAGGGAGCAAGAUGAACUGAAUGAAGUGGCUGAGGGAGGGAAUGUACAGAAACAAGAUGAACUGGCUGAAGAGGCUGAGGGAGGGAAUGUACAGAAAAAAAGAUGAACUGGCUGAAGAGGCUGAGGGAGGGAAUGUACAGAAACAAGAUGGAGGACUGGUGUAUUGAUAAUACAAAUCUUUUUCUCUGGUCCCAAUAUGAAAAGUGGAUCACUUGGGAUCUAUCUACCAAAACAAAUGAAAGAAAUCCUAAAACUAUCUUCUUCACAUAGCUGCUCUGUCUGUUGUGUUCCUCCUUUCCUUAGCUUAGGGACCUUGGAGAUUGAACCCUCCAGAGAGACACAUUGCGGUAGGGACUUGUGGGUAAAAUGGCAUCUCCAUGCACCCGUUCCCACGUUAGAAACUCCUCACUAAAAUAUUCACUCUUAUCUCCACUAAACGCACAGUAGCAAUGUAAGGGGUGUCAUGAUGAUACCUGCUCCCUGCUAUUCUCGUCUCUCUCCUGUUGGACAACGUUUGUUCCGGCCACAGUAGCCUUGUUUCUGCUGUAUGUGACAGUACUGGGGAAGCGGAAGGUUGACAGCGGUAGUGGUCGAUGUAGUUGUGGUUAAGUAGAAUGUCAGACUCUCUCUCGUGUCUGUAUGUUGCAGUAGGCCUCCUCAUUCUCUCUGCUAUUGUGCCAUCAACUGGAAGUAUGUGCAGAAUUUAGUUUGGGACAUUCUGAAAUGAUAAACAACUUACUGAAGGAGGUAGGUCAUCUAGAUGAAGAGUGCAUGAAAUGGGAAUUGAUAGAGGGAACCGUACAGCUGUUCUCAUCUCUGGAGAGUCUGGGAGAGAGGGGUUAGGAUGAAUUGAUAAAGGGAGAAAAAGGAAAGGCUCUGAAACAGCAGGCUGUUCUCCCUCUCCUCUUUUUGAUCCCUCUCUUCUUGUGGUGUUCCUGACACCAAGAGUUUGAUUGCUAAUGAGCCAUGAAGUCACCGCUCAGCUUAGCCCACAUGCACACCAAAUUACCACCGCUUGGAUGUUAUGAUGUGGACAUUUUCUCUCCGUUUCUCUCCUCCCCCAGUCUUUCUCCAUCACCUCUCUCUACCCUGUGUGUGUGGGUGAUUUACACAGGGAUACAGGGAGAGCAGAGGGAGUAUUUCAUGCCUCCCUACGUGUCAAACACCCAGCUUACUGUACCCCCUUCCUCCUGCCAGACCUGACUCAGAAAGCCAUGGUGGAGUCAUGCCCUGCUCACUGUACAUCUCAGCUUUCAUAGGUCGUCAGGUUAUAUAGAAAUCCAAAUACAUGAUGGCAUAUUUUUAUCUAGCCAAUUAAGAUACAAAUGAAGUCAAAUGAAUUGAUUGAUUCUGUGCAUAGACAGGGGGGUGAAUGACCUGUUAUAGGACCUACAUUGACUAGCAGAGGUCUGGGUAUAAUCCUUCAUGAUUCAGACCGGAGCCUGAUAGUUUAGUGACAGUCGAGGGCUGUUCAAGCCAAUAUCACCAUGUGCAACUAUUAUACAUCACUAGAGGCAAACAGACGACCAUUGGAAGGCUAUGACCAGCUGUCUUCCUGAAGAGCCUUACUUUCCUACCCUCAAUAGCCCAGAUCUGAAUCCCCUCUGAAUCAGCCCCUUAACAACUCCUAUCUCAUGACUCCCCUGUGAUACAUUGUGUUCCCUGGUUAAUCAGUGGGGUUUCCUUGGCUGCCCUGACCAGGCGAGGCGCCUGAUUGGCCCAUUAAGCCUGGGUCUGUUUCUGGGUCACGGCCAGCCAGAGGUCAUGGGGUCACAGAGAAACGCACACACACACUCUGGUGAGAGAGCGACGUGUAGUAGUGUUCCAGGAUGACGUUAACUGUUGUGGUGGAGGUUGACCGUUGUGUGGGGGAGAACCGGAACGGAGAGGGGGCAGACUGGGAGGAAGGGAUAGAUACUGACUUGAUACUGACUUGAUAACACUAUAGCCUACGUCUGUCAGUCCUCAGUAUAGGCCAGAACUCUGGCUUACAUAAACAUUCUAGAUACAGUACACAUGCAGGGAGCAGGGCUCUACAGUGCAGCAGUUUUACUUCAUAUGCGCCUAAGUAUUUUGCUUUGCGACAUGUCAUUUUUAUUUUGGCGCACCGGUGCGCCUAGACAAUUUUUUAAUUCUAGCUUUAUUACCUCAAAUAUUUUUCACUGUGCUCCUAAAUUUCUUUGUGUGCGCCUACAUGUUUCAACUUAGCCACACACGUGCUCCUAAAAAAGGUCAGCGUAGAGGCCUGUAGUGAACUACUUAUAAUGACCACUAAGAAACACGUAUCUCCAGUCUGCACUUGUAUGUAACACCAAAACAGGAUAUGCCCACUAGUUAUAUUUGUAUGAAGGUGAUCAAGUGUGUCUUUGGAGAAAUAUUGAUAAUGUCCUUCAGUUUGUGAUGUGAAGAGGGAGGGAAGGGAGAAAGUUGUAUGUAUAUUUUGGUGUGAGGUAUCUGUAUACUAUAUAUGUACGGAUCUUUAUUUUUCUGGUCGAACUCCUGUGAAAAAUUGUGGAUAUUGAUCAGAGUGUAAAUAACUGCUGUAUAGUCAAUGGUGUCAUGUGGAACUCACUUCCUGGUUUGGCCAAGGUCAAAGUUCAGUCAGAGGCAAUAAUACUGUACUCCGAAUGUAACUGCUUGAAUAGACAACCCUUCAAUGAAAAGGUGUAGGAUGUAUAAGAUGCACAUCUUCAGUUAUUAAAUACUUGUGAAUCUAGUUCAUCUCAAGAACAAUAGUUGAAAUACAUGUAAACAUUUUAGUUUUUCAGCCAGGGUGAUAACUGAAAUAACUGGAUUGGCAGGUUCACUAAACUCAAUCAACAUACUUAAGAUACUUGCCCCUUCACCCAUAAACACACAUACUAUUUAUCAGAGACUAGCUCCUACAUAGGCAGUGAUCUGUGUGGUUUCUGAGUCAGCGCUGUGUGUGUGGCACAGAGGCUUUGGGACUUCUGUCAGUGCCACGGUGUGUAACCCGAAUGUCCAUUUCUUGCCCCCUCUGUCUCUUAGUAUUGGGAGUUAGAGGAGACAUUACUGUACACUGUCCCCUGCAGCCUGAUCGCUCUCUCUCUCUCUCUCUCUCUCUCUCUCUCUCUCUCUCACACACACACACACACACACACACACACACACACACACACACACACACACACACACACACACACACACACACACACACACACAGAAAGGGGGAACUAGUAGGAAACGUACACAAACACUUAGUGGUUCGAACUCUGUCAGAACAUUCACAGACCCUUCUGUUCUCCAGAGACUGGGAGAGAGCCACACACACACUCCUCUUGCCCACUGUCAGGGAUUUAAGUAACAUGUGUUCUGAGAACACUUUCUGAGAAUCAUCUGUACUGUUACUCUCUCUCUGUGAGGGCUGUGUUUUUAAAGCUUUCAUAAAAUGAAUACCCAAUUGGCCAUUUUUUUUUUUAAGUAAAUGCUUUCUGGGAAUCUUCUUCUCUUGACCUCUGCUUGUACUGCCUGGCACAAAGGUUUUCAAAUAAAAAUGCUUCUAGAGAGUUGACAUAAUGUUCCUGUCCUGGAGUUAACACAGCUUGUUUGUAGGUUGUUAUUUAGUAGUUGUUGUUAAUCCACAUUGUCCUCCUCUGACUCUAAACACUGAUGACUAAUCCAAGCCUUAACUUCCCUGUCGUCUCGAUCGCUCCCCCCUGACGUGUACAUAGUAUAAAUAUAUAAAUACAGUAUCUAGCGGAAAGAAAAAUAAAGAAUGACUCAUUUAUGGUGUCACGUGUUCUAUUUCUCAGCGCCAAGCAUGAAGGAUUUCUUCUGUAUCAAUGCUUAUUUUACAAGUCCUUAUCUUUUUCUCUCUUAUUGCAGUGCUUUAUCAUUAAUGCUUUAUUUCUCCACUGCUUUGCUGUGACUCCGCCACAACAGGCUUAAUGUGCUUUUACCCUGCACCAUUUUGUACAGUGCACUCGAAACAAUCUUACCACAAAAUGUGCUUUUUAUUCACCGCUCUCUGAACUAGUUUUUUUUAAAGAAACCUUUUAGAAUCUGUCACUAUUUGUCAUGUCUUUCUAUUUUCUAUUUUUUAUGUAUUUUGUUGCAAUUAAAGUUUUCUUGAUUUUUGAAACGA